AUGCGAAACAUUGUAAUAUUCGCAGGCUCUUCACACCCGAGGCUCGCUGAGCAAAUUGCCUCACGCCUAGGCGAACGGCUCGGGAGGGUAGUGCUCUCCAAAUUCUCAAACAAAGAAACAAAUGUCGAGAUACAUGAAAGUGUACGAGAGAAAGACGUUUACAUUGUGCAGUCUGGGUGCGGUCAUGUAAACGACAAUUUGAUGGAACUCUUGAUUAUGAUUUCAGCGUGUAAAACCGCGUCUGCUGCACGAGUGACUGCUGUCAUACCCUGUUUUCCGUAUGCGCGCCAACCGGACGCACCUUAUAAGAGAAAUGGGGCACCUUUAUCGCGGAUUCCAAAGAAUGCUUUUAUUGCUAGACCUUCGUCUUCUCUUAGUCUUAGUGGUACUCAAACCCCAAUAAUGGGAGGCCGUCAUCUUGGUGGAUAUAAGCAUUGGAUUGCUCGAUCUGGAACACUUGUUGCGAAUUUAUUAACGUGUGCGGGCGCUGAUCAUAUAAUGACAAUGGACUUACAUGAUCCUCAAUUCCAAGGAUUUUUCGAUAUUCCUGUAGAUAAUUUGUAUGGACAACCUUUGAUGGUGAAAUAUAUUAGAGAGAAUAUUCCUAAUUGGGAACAAGCUGUAGUGGUAUCUCCGGAUGCGGGAGGUGCAAAAAGAGCAACCGCUAUAGCCGAUAUGCUGCAAAUGGAUUUUGCACUUAUCCAUAAAGAGCGUCGCUCUCAGCAUCAACCACACAAAGCGGACAUGAUGCUCGUAGGUCAUGUUAAAGACAAAGUCUGUAUUCUAAUUGACGACAUAGCAGACACGUCGUUCACGAUCACUAAAGCUGCAAAAGUACUUGUUGAUAACGGGGCGCAAAAGGUCUAUGCUAUUAUCACACACGCGAUUAUGAGUGGCGAUGCGAUACAACGAAUUCAGUCCAGUGUGAUAAAUCAGGUCAUUGUGAGCGAUAGUAUUCCGCAGGAGGAACAUUUGCAGCAAUGCCCAAAAAUGCGGAUGUUUAAUGUUGCACCGAUAUUUGCUGAGGCAAUUAGGAGAGUACAUAACGGGGAGAGUGUUAGUGCACUGUUUAAUGUCACAGAUUUAAUAUAA